UUACGCAAUCAGUCGGUGUGUUUCCUCUCAAGGUCAUCAACUUUUAAAACUAAAUAUUUAUUGCCCUGAGAAUAUCCUCUAUCUUUACUCACGCCUGGGUUUCAAAUGAUGUUAUCGCUACAACUUCAAACAAUGACUCCAAGUCGACGGUACAAGACGACGUUCGGUCUCAUAGACCAGGAGAAGAAGAUGUCCUUUUUCGAGCGGAGACACACCAGGAAGUUCUGUGUCAACUUCAUCCCCCAGGAGCAGGGCUGGAGGGCGGGGCAGGGGGGAAAGUGCAAGUGCGGGUAUUCGAAACAGGACCAUCUACCGCACAGUAGUGCGAAUGUGUGGUCCAACUCACAGGAGUGGCGGAGGGAACUGCACCUGGAGACAGUGGACUAUGGCCGCAGGGGAUUCAACUGCAAACUCAAAUUCAUCAGUCAGAUCGACAACUACGACCACACAGCUGAUUUCACAGUGAUUGCUGACGACUCCCACCCGGAAGUGGCGAUGGAGCACCUGCUCUUGGACUGGCACCUGGAACUUCCCAACAUCGUCAUCUCAGUGGCCGGCAGCGAAAAGAGUCUGGGUAUGAUAGCCAGACAUGCCACCAGGUUCAAGACCGCACUGCUCAAGACAGUCUGUUGCACCAAGUGUUGGGUCAUCACAGGGGGAACGUCCAACGGCGUGGACAAACUAGUUGUGGACGCUCUUAGAGAAGCCCAACUUCUCUCGUGGAUGGGCGGAGAUGCUCCCAAAUUCCGCAUUAUCGGGUUUGCUAACUGGAACUGCGUAAAGGGACACGAGAAGCUGGGUCAGAUGGUGUACGUGGACCCCAGAGUGACUGGCGAGUAUGUGGUGCAGAAGAAUAGUCUCACGGAGCUGGAGUUCGAACCCAGUCUGAACCCCAUGAUUUCCCACUUCUUGUGCAUCGAGGGGGGCUUGAAAGGAAAAAAGGGGCAGGAAGUGUUUGUGCGGAGUGCGGUUGAGGAGACGCUGGCAGGGGCGGCGGAGGAGGAGGCGGUGACUGGAUUCAGUGGGUAUGGCAUCCCCACAGUCCUCAUCCUACUCAAGGGCGAUUUCGAUGUGUUCGAGAGGGCUGCAAAUGCUGUGUGCAAGGGCAUCGGCAUUGUGAUCUGCGAAGGCCUCGGAGGAGCUACAGACAUCCUGUACUAUGCUUUCCGGAUGUCCAGCAAGAACUCCCCCUCUGUCAUCCUCUCCCCGAUCCAACAGUUGAAGGUGAUGAGACUCAUGGAGGCCAUGCACAAGAGGAAGCUACUUUCAAACCUCUACUCCAAAGAACCAUUCGAG